GUUCAGAGGAUGCACUAACAAUUAAAUCAGGCGUGCCCGUCAGCGGCUCGGCGGCAGCUGCAGCAGCCUGCAAGCUCCGCAAUGGGUCACCCCUACCCGACCUGCCAGCCUGAUCUCAUCGACCCACAGUUGUGGUUCCCCUAUAAUGUGCCCAAUCGGACCACCUGGCAGCGUGCCAGCGAAGCGCGCCCCAUGGAAGCUCCAACCUAAUCUCAACCUCACCUCUCCUUUCCCUCCUUCCAUUCCAGACCGUCGAGCAUCAUCAAACCUCUCCUCCCACCAGCCAAGAACAAAGUCUCCCAACGAAGGACAACCCGCCCACCAAACCAAACACAAACCAAGCAACCACCACCGCAACAAUGGCCACCACCAACAAAGACGGCAUCGACCCCACCUCCCUCGCCCGCACCCUUUCCCACAUGAACAAGGACCACGCCACCGACCUCCUGCAUAUGCUCAUCCACUUCUCUCCCUUAGCCCUCCUACAGCUUCCCCUGGAUCUUGAAAAACCCAUUCGCGAACUGGUCCGCGAUCUCCGGGGCGAGGACGUCGAUAUCCGCCUCGUCGACAUGUCUUUGUCGGAAUUGAAAGUGCGGACCCGCGCCAAGGGGGCGGUGAAAGAUGCAAAUGGGGAGUUUCGGACGAUUGCGUAUACGAUCCCCAUCUACCCGCCGAUGAAGAGCUGGGGAGAGAGGAGGGAGAGGUUGGUGGCGAUGACGAAGGAGGCCAGGGAGGGGUUGGGGCUUCCAGUCGAGGAAUUGCCCGAGGAAGGGAAGGGAAAGAAGGAGGAGAAGGAUGGGAAGGGGGAGAAGGGAGGUGCCCUGGUCGAUACGUACCUGGCUCCCCGGUUGUUCUGGGACGGCGCCGUGGCCAUUAGCGUUGCCUUCUUCUUCGGGUGUUAUGCGGCUGUUCGGGGUGGGUACGUGGAGCAGGGGCUGUGGGCGUGGCAGUUCACGCAGAAAUGGUGGCCUUUGGGAGGUGCGGGAGGGUUCAAGUGGUUGGUGAAUGCCAUGUUUUGGCCCGUGUUGGCGAUCCAUAUUACGGAGAUGGUCAUGUUUGAUCGGUCGAGGCUAGCGAAGAAUGAGAAGAUUCCGAUGGGUGGGCUGACGUGGUUGAAGUGGAUGGUCAGUGUGUUCUUUGAGGGUUACAUGGCGUUUAGGAGGUAUGAUGACAAGGUGGAGGAGCUGGAGAGGAAGCAGCAUUAAGUAUGGUCGGAUGACUGCCAAAUGCGAAAGUAAGCAGUGAGAACUAGAGAAGGAUCACACACAUACAAAGAACGGAGGGAAGAUGUGCUACAUACCUCUACUGUUGCCAUACUGUCUGUCAGACGAAGCGUACGGAGCAAGUCGAACAGGUGGGUAGAAGUGUUUGGUUCUGGAAAGAAAACACACCAGCCAAAAUAGUAUGGAAGGGCCUGGCCAUGCAGUCGGUGACUGGCUCUGUGGAACUUGGCGAGAAGACACAAAGAUGAUCCUUCAACUACCAUCAAGAGCAUCUUAUCACCAGACACAAUGUUUCUGACAUCACAAUAAAACACCAACACCAACCGAUAGGUACAAAUAAAGCCGUGCCCUGAAUUUUCAAAAGUCGCGCGCCCUGGCAUUACAACUAACCACGCAACA